AUGUGAUGUGGAUAUUUUAUCAUUUAUCAUUGUUGUCGGAGAAAUUAUUGCCAUUUGUGUAAAACGCAAGCGCUGGGUUGACGCUCACUGGCAGCAGUGAGCCCAGCAGAUGUUGAGUUGCAGUUGUUUAUGUAGCACCAGACUCUUCUCUCCAAAUCCGAUCGCCAGAGCGUUGAAAUCGAAUUCCAAGUUGAAUCAAACCCAACAUCAUCAUCAUCAUCAACAAAAGAUUUUCCUUUGCACUAGUCGGAGCAACUUGUCAGUUACAGCUAUGGAAGCUCCUCCUCAGACCGAACAACCCUAUAAUAACUCCUUCGAAUUCGAUGGUUUUCUCUCCAACAAACCCUACAACCCUCCCUCCUGGGCCUCCCAUCUCAACCCCAUUCCCUCUCACAUCUUCUCCCUCGGACACUUUCCUACUCCAAUUCACAAAUGGAACCUUCCUAAUUUGCCCAACAACACUCAAGUUUGGUUGAAGCGUGAUGACCUUUCAGGAAUGCAGUUGAGUGGUAACAAGGUCAGGAAACUGGAAUUCUUGAUGGCAGAUGCUGUGGCACAGGGGGCGGACUGUAUUAUAACUAUAGGAGGCAUCCAAAGCAAUCACUGCCGGGCUACUGCUGUAGCUGCCAAGUACUUGAAUCUAGACUGUUACCUUAUAUUGCGCACCUCAAAGGUUCUUGUGGACAAAGAUCCUGGAUUAACAGGCAAUCUCUUGGUUGAGCGUUUGGUUGGAGCCCAUAUUGAUCUUGUUUCAAAAGAAGAAUACGCAAAAAUUGGGAGCUUGGAGCUUACUAGUUUGCUAAAAGAAAAGUUGGUAAAUGAAGGGAGAAAGCCAUAUGUCAUUCCUGUCGGUGGAUCAAAUUCUCUUGGAGUCUGGGGCUAUAUCAAAGCAAUUAAAGAGAUAGAGCAGCAGCUCCAGAGUGGGAAUAGUGAAGCAGGGUUUGAUGACAUUGUUGUUGCAUGUGGCAGUGGAGGUACAAUAGCUGGUUUGGGGAUUGGAUCAUGGCUGAGUAAAUUGAAGGCAAAAGUUCAUGCAUUUUGUGUAUGUGAUGACCCUGAUUACUUCUAUGAGUAUGUUCAAGACCUACUUGAUGGACUCCAAGGAGGUGUUAAUUCACGCGAUAUAAUUGACAUUCAAAAUGCCAAAGGUCUCGGCUAUGCCAUGAACACUACUGAGGAACUUAAAUUUGUCAAGGAAAUCGCUGAGGCCACCGGUGUUGUUCUUGACCCUGUUUACAGUGGAAAAGCUGUUUAUGGACUGAUGAAAGACAUGGUUGAGAACCCAACGAAGUGGGAAGGGAGAAAGAUCCUCUUCAUACACACUGGUGGACUCCUUGGCUUGUUUGAUAAGACUGACCAGAUGAUGCCGCUGGUGGGGAAUUGGCGUAAAAUGGAUAUUCAUGAAUCUAUACCACGGAUGGAUGGCACUGGAAAAAUGUUUUAGGCUAGUAAAUAAAUUGCUAGUUUUAAAUAUUUUCAGUGCCUCCAAGUCUCAGACAGAAUCAUUUUUUCAAUGAAAAUCAACUUUGUAUUUGCAACAGUAAUUCAUGCAUCUUUUUUCUUCAUGUGCUAUCUGAAUUUUUUUUUCUUCCUUCUAUUGAACCUGCCAUGCAUAAACACUUCACGGUACUGAAUGUCCACACACAAAUAAAUAAAUACAUUGCAUCUCUCCUGAAAAUUUGAGAAAUUA